AUGGAAGAGAAGCAGGAGAAGUGUGACAUUCUUUCACUUGGAGAACUCAUGUUCCAGUUCAAUUCCCCUGGUGUCCCCCACGAUGAGACUGAAACUCAGCUUAAAACUGAGCAGACCUCGUCUUGUGAACCGGCAAAGAACCAGGAACCAGCCCCUCAGAGCUGCUUGAACCAGGAACCAGCUCCUCAGAGCUGCUUGAACAAGGAACCAGCUCCUCAAAGCUGCUUGAACCAGGAACCAGCCCCUCCGAGCUCCUUGACUAAACCUGGCCCUAAGAAGAAGAGGAAGCAGAAACCAGCCAAGAAUCUGCAGGGUGGGCUUGAAGAGCCAAAGACCCCGAUAAAAAGCUUUUCCACAAGCGAACGAGGAAAGUCUCCCCCAAUUGCGCCUGCACAGGCCAGUUUAUCCAACACCAAGACUCAGCAGGUGAAAACCAUCAGAAACAACUUACCCUCUGAUGAACAAGAGAGAUACAGCUUACCCUCUGAUGCCCCCUUUGUGCCUCUGCACCUGAUCCCAGACCAGGGCUCGACUAAGAUCAUACAGAACCCUGAGAUCUCCUCUCAGUGGGACACCGCUCACAUCUCCAUUUUAGCAUGGGAGGUUUCCCGACAUAUUCUCCAGGAAAAACACCUGUCUGUGGAACAUCCUCUGGUUAUGAAGCUGUGUCAGCAACUAGAGGAACAGAUGUUGGACUGGAAUGUGAAGGAGAGUCCGAAGCACAACAAAAAAAUUGCUUGUGACAUUUACAGAGACCUGUGCUCAAAGAAAAGGAAUAAAUUGAUGAACUUUUCUGCACUGGUCACAGAAGAUGAAAGCGACACCAUCAUCACAGAGAUCCACAACCAUCUGGUUCGACCAAAGAAGAGCAGCAAGCUGUCUUCCUUCUUCCAGUCCCUCCGCCAUGCUCUGUGCAGACACUGUUAA